UGUUGGUCGCAAAGGCUGAAUACAACGGUCAAAGACCUUUUCUCCUGUGAAAGUGACGAUGGCCGACGCACUAUUGGCGGUCGAAGCGUUGAGCCAAUCGGCGAAUCGAGCUCCGCCGCGCACUGAGCACGUUCUUUACUCGGUGGUAGAGCAGACGUGGCUUUCAGUCCAGCAGGUUGCUCGGCUGAGUGUUGAGGAGAAGGAGAGAAAGAUGCUGCUGCCUGGAACAUUUUGUGUUCGAAAAGGACGUCGAGCAUGUAAAUGCAAAAGAUGUGGGAAGCAGAUCCCAAAGCAUUGUAUUCAGAUUGGAUAUCCCUCUAUUGGCAGAAAUGGUAUGACUGCUACUGCAGUCUGGCUCCAUGUAGAUUGUGCUGCCCAAGACCUCAAGCUGGUUGAGAUCGCACAUGAAGGAAAGCGUGCGAUGAAAGACGCGCUGCUUGGUUUCACGGCUUUGCAAAAAGAAGAGCAGAAACAAUUGAUCGAAACGAUCUGUGUGCCGAAGACAACAGAGCAACCACAGCUUCCUGAUAGCCAAGGUUCCCAGCAUGUGGAGUUUGAAGCUCAUCCAACUCCAUCGGGUUUACUUGGUGAGUUGACAAAUGUUCAGGCGCAGGGCUUGACAUGGCUUUUGCAGCGUGAAAGAUGCGAGGACGUUCGAGGAGGGAUUCUGGCGGAUGAAAUGGGUAUGGGAAAGACUGUGGAAAUGAUUUCGCUCCUGCUGGCAAGCCCAGUGACGUUGUCUUUGGUGGUGGUUCCUCCCACAUGCUUGCCCCAAUGGUGUCAGGAAUUGAGAGAGUGGACCAAGCCAGGAGCGAUCGAAGUUUUGACAUACGCUGGUGCGAAAAGGACAUUGCCAGAAGAUUUGGGCCAGAAACGCGGAACAACUGUGGUGCUAACUACAUACGCGACCCUUGAGAGAGAGUUUCGGAGACUGGUCUGCCAAGCAGAGGAGCAGCCAAAUCACAAGCGCCGAAGGCAGUUGAGCGUCGAAGACGAUGAGAUGAGGGAUGGUGAGCAGCUUGAGGAAGCAUCUCAGGUUGACUUGUGGGACGAGCAGUUGGGCCUUGAUUUCGCUCAGUCCACUUUAUUCAAAACAAAGUGGACUAGAAUCAUCCUCGACGAGGCCCAUCGCAUCAAGAACACUCAUGGAGGCACGUCGCAAGCUGCGGUGAAUUUGCGAGGCAAGCGGAGAUGGUGCAUUUCUGGCACGCCUGUGCAAAAUAGAAUUGGAGACAUAUACGGGCUGCUUCGCUUCCUGAGGAUGCGCCCAUAUGGCUUUUAUCGGUGCAACAGGAGAGGGUGUGAUUGCGAGUGCUUCUGGGUUCGGUGCUGGGAGGGCACACUCAUGUGUCAAGCCUGCGGACAUCGUCGAUCCCAACACCGCAGCAUCUUUGCCAGUGACAUCUCGGCGCCGAUUCGUCAGUUUGGCUUUCUGGAUAGUGGCAAGACAGCGUUGGAGAGACUGCGCUUUGAGGUCUUUCAGAAACUCAUGCUGCGACGAACAAAAGCCUUGCUUGACCUUCCGGAGUUGCGCAUCAGCAUUAGGAAGAUCUCCCUCAGUCCUAGGGAAUCUCGGCGCUACAAAGCGAUGAAAGAGCAACAUCAAGGUGUACUGGAGGCUUUUAUCGCAGAAGGAACAUUGAUGAAGAAUUUUGGCCAUGUUUUCAGCAUCAUCAUGAGGCAGAGGCAAGCAGCCAACCACCCGGAUUUGCCAAAAUAUUCGGUCGAUUCAACAUGUCCUUUCUGCCAGCUUGAAGUCGAGGAAGAGCCUGUAAAACUCCACUGCGGGCGACAUGAAUGCCACGAGGUUUGCUGUCUCGAGGUGAUGAGAGAAUGUGGUGAAGACGAGAUAACUUGCCCAAGUUGCGAGCACGAACAGCGAGCUUUGCAAGGCCCGAACUUGCCCGAGGCUUUAAUGGCUGCUGGUCGCCCAGUGCGCGCAUCAAGCAAGAUCAAUACUCUGAUCGCAGAAAUCUCAGAACUUGAGGCGCCAAAGUGCUUGGUUUUCUCUAGCUUUGCUCACUUUCUUGAGCUCAUUGAGUACCACUUGAAGGAGCGCAAUGUUACUUGCUCUCGUAUUUCUGGCAAGACCAAGAUGCAGGAACGUUCUGACAUCAUCAAGCAGUUCAAUACGGAACGGGAGCCAAGCGUCCUCUGUGUUUCACUGCAAGUAGGCGGCGAGGGGUUGAACUUGCAGGCUGCAAAUCAAGUGUUCCUCAUGGAUCCCUGGUGGAACCCCGCAGCGGAGCAGCAGGCGAUGCGACGGUGUCAUCGACUCGGACAGUCGCGACCCGUAUACGUGCACCGCUUUGUUUCGGAAAACACCAUUGAAGAGCGGAUCCUUCUUCUGCAGGAGAGGAAACAACUCACCGUUGAUAGCACCAUCGGCGGCAGCAACAGCGCCUUAUUGAAACUGACAAGUUCAGAUGUGCAACUCCUGUUUCGAGACUGAUCCAUUGAACCCUGCCAAGGGCAACUUCACGGAUGAGAUUGGAGCCUCAGAUUUGAGUAGUGUUUUUGACAGUUUCAGUGUUUUUAAUGUCGAUGUCAUGAACAUAUAUAUAUAUAUAUAUAUAUUGGGUUUUUCCUUUGCAAAGUUCAAAACACAAUUUCAAUGGGCAACGGGGGCAAUUUUUGUAGGGGAAGAGUUGAGCGGAGUGGAGAUGCGGAUGCGCAGAGCAGGACACCCUGAAUCUAAGUGUAGUGUACCUUCCUCGGAAUUGUCAGUGCAGGGCUACACGGGAAAUUCAGCAGUUGCCCAGUUUGCCAGUGCUCCUGUGAAGGCAGCUACAAGAGCAGGAGCAUUCUGCAGAGCCGCACGGCCUUUAUUAUUGACAUCCUUGCCAGGAGCGGCCGUCGCUCUUCGCUACUUCGACUCCUUGGCUUAGGCGGCACCAAGGAGUGCUGUGACGAGCUCUGCGCAUCUGAAGUGAAGCACCCUGGAGGGUGCCACUCCGGAGGUGGAAAAGAAGAAGGAAGGAGAAGGAUGGGCGAAUUGCCAUGCUUGUCAUCCUAGAAGCCUUCGCAGAGCCACGCACGCCUUUGGGAGCGUGCUGGAAUUGCUGGCUUCCAAGAUCAUUGACUUUUGCGUGUGCCUUCCAAGAGAGUGGUCCUUGGUUAGAUAGAUGCCUAUGCAAAGGAGCCUGGCGGGGCUGCAGUGACUAGGGCCG